AUGUCGAAGCGGGAAUGCGCUAGCAAGAUCGUCAACUUGCUCAAGACCCUCCCCCAGGAGAACCUCAAGCACUACACCGUGUUCAAGGACGUCCAGCUCCAGCGGUUCCAAGAUGAACUGGUGGUGGACGCCAUCAGCGAGAAGGACUUAAAAUUGCAGUACGCCUCGCUCCGGGACCUUGUCAACGACAAGUACAAGAACUACUACCCGUUGGGCGACAAGAUGCUCAAGCCCAAGAGCAACCCGGCAUACUACGAGCGGUUGAUGGCUGAUAUCCGGGGCGAGAAGCGCGAGACGUUGGCGCUGGCGCUCAAGAUGGUGUACACGGGCAAGUAA